AGAGGCUGAGCGGCGAAACCGCGGCGCAUGCGUGGUGCGGGGGCUCUGACCUUCAGCAGCCGGGGCCGGGCGGGCAGCUCGUGAAGGAGGCUGAAGAGGCUGCGGGAAGGAGAGACGGGAGGAAGGAGCCGAAGCCGCCCCGGCCCAGAGACUCGACAUGCUGUCCCGAGGAGCAGCCGCGGCUGGCGCCGCCCUGCUCUUCCAGCCACAAUGGGUCCAAGUUAGGAAUAUGGCAACCUUGAAAGACAUUACCAGGCGUUUAAAGUCUAUCAAGAACAUCCAGAAAAUCACAAAGUCCAUGAAGAUGGUUGCAGCGGCAAAGUAUGCCAAGGCGGAGCGAGAGUUGAAGCCUGCAAGAGUUUACGGAGUAGGGGCACUGGCUCUCUAUGAGAAGGCGGAAAUCAAGGCGCCCGAAGACAAGAAGAAGCACCUCCUCAUUGGGGUGUCCUCUGACCGUGGGCUUUGCGGUGCCAUCCACACCUCAAUUGCUAAAAGCAUCAAGAGUCACAUUUCCACUCUUCUGAAUGCCGGCAAGGAAGUCAUGAUCAUCGGAGUGGGUGACAAGCUCAGAGGUCAGCUGCAAAGGACACACAGCAACCACUUCUUGUUGACCUUCAAGGAAGUGGGAAGAAAGCCCCCCACUUUUGGAGACGCUUCGGUCAUCACCUUGGAGCUGCUGAACUCUGGAUACGAAUUUGACGAGGGAUCUGUCAUCUUCAAUCGCUUCAGGUCUGUUAUUUCUUACAAGACAGACGAGAAACCAAUCUAUUCUCUCGAGACGGUUUCAGGUGCCGAAAGCAUUAGCAUCUAUGAUGACAUCGAUGCAGAUGUCCUGCGAAACUACCAGGAAUUUACGCUGGCCAACAUCAUCUUCUACUCCUUGAAAGAGUCUACCACCAGCGAGCAGAGCGCUAGGAUGACUGCCAUGGACAACGCCAGCAAAAACGCCUCGGAAAUGAUUGACAAGCUGACUCUGACGUUCAACCGCACCCGCCAAGCUGUCAUCACCAAGGAGCUUAUUGAGAUCAUCUCUGGUGCUGCUGCUCUGCACUAGGGGCAAACUGGAACGCCGAAGGCCACAGGUAAAGAAGAAGAGCUGUUCUGGCAAGCAGUAUACUCUUCCUUUCUGGUAAAGCAAAAUUGUUGGUCCAUCACUGUGUGAAGAAAUAUUUUCAGGCGAAGACCCCCAAGUGUUUGUAAAUCAUAUUACAAUAAAGUCCUACAUUGAAAGAGA